CUUUGACUUCUCCUUCUCUCUCUCCCCUCUCUUCCUUUCUCUCUCUAAUCGCUGCGCCCACAAACCUCAUACCCACCAAUCACAACUCUACAACUUUGACCUCUCUCUCUCUCUCUCCACUCUCUUUUCUUUCUCUCUCUACUCGCUGCGCUCAUAAACCCCAUAGCCACCAAUCACAACUCAACAACUCUUCUCUCUCUCUCUCAUUUGUUCCUGUUCCAUAGAUCCCUCUGUCUCACAAUCCCUCCUCUGCAUUCACUCGUUUCACGCUCUUCACCUUUCUCUCUGUCUUUAACUCCAAACCCCACAAACCCAGCAAAAACCCGGCAAAAGAAAACAUCCCACUUUCUCCUCUUCAGGUCAGCCCUGUAAAAUCCCUCUCCUUUUUCUCACUUUCCUUAAUUGGGUUCUUGUUUUCCUUUCUGGGUUUCGUCAUAAUCUUCCAAAGUUUCCAUAUCACCGUGCAAGCUUCAAUCUUUCAUGAAAACUUGAUCCGGGUUUUGGUGUUUUUGUGAUGUAUUUGUGUUUUUGAAUCGGAUUCUAGGGUUUAUCUUUGGCAAUCCAAGAUCUAAUAUUUUCGAAUUUGCUUGUUGGAUCACCUUCGGGUUUGGAAAGGUUGGGCAUUUUUCAGAUUCCACAACACGUGCUUGCAUAAAAUCCCCACUGAGAUUCCUUCCCAAAUGCCACUCCUUGAUUAAUGCCUCUGUGGUCACAAAGACUUCCACUUUUCUGCAUUUCCUAUCUGGGUUUUCUCUCUCUUUGAACUUUCAAAGAGAGGAGAGAGAGAAACAGACGUAUUGGCAUACUUGUUAUGUGAUUAAUUGCUGCCCAGAUUGAGCAAACUAUCUUAAAAAAAAAACCAUGUUCAGAGGAAUGGAAAUUCCAUCUCCAACCUCCUAUCUGCAGAACUCCAAUUGGUUGUUUGAAGAAAGCACGGGAGCCGAAUGGACUGUGGAAGAGAACAAGCUAUUUGAAAAUGCUCUCGCUUUAUACGAUAAGGAUACACCCGAUCGAUGGCUCAGGGUGGCGGCUAUGAUCCCUGGAAAGACUGUUGGAGAUGUGAUCAAACAGUACAAGGAAUUAGAAGAAGAUGUUAGUGAUAUCGAAGCUGGGCUUAUCCCAAUUCCUGGUUACACCAGUAACAAUUUCACAAUGGAGUGGGUUAACAAUCAGGGCUUUGAUGGAUUGGAGCAGUUUUACAGUGUUGGUGGAAAGCGAAGCUCCUCGACUAGGCCCGCAGAUCAGGAGAGGAAGAAAGGGGUGCCAUGGACAGAAGAAGAGCACAGGCAAUUUCUGAUGGGCCUUAAAAAGUAUGGAAAAGGUGACUGGAGAAAUAUCUCUCGAAAUUUUGUGAUCACAAGGACGCCUACUCAGGUUGCUAGUCAUGCACAAAAAUACUUUAUCAGGCAACUCACAGGAGGGAAGGACAAGAGAAGAUCUAGCAUCCAUGACAUCACAACCGUCAAUCUUCCUGAUGUGAAACCCGCCUCACCAGACAGUACUUCUAAAAGCCCACCAUCAUCGGAUCUCUCCUCAACCCUGGUGCAGCAGCCACACCAGCACCAGAAGUUGGCCAGCAUGAGCAUUGACUGGAAAUCGCCCGAUGAGGGACAGCAAAUGGUUUUCGGUUCUGCAAAUGGGAACAACUUCAUGGGACCGUUUUGUGGGAUGUCUUCACAUGUACCUAAGCUUGAGGAGCAAAAUUUUCUGAGUGGCAAUCUUCAUGGAUCGCAGUUGGGACAUUACAACGCCUGUUUUGAGAUGCAAUCAAUGCGAUAUCAGUGAACGUGUGCAUUAGUUCGAUGUUUUUGGAGCGAGAAGAGUGUACUAUUUGACCUAUGGUGAACAAAAGUCGAUGAGGACUGAGAAUAGUUAGUCCCCAGGUUCUUGGACUCUACAAAAAGAUCAGUUAGUUCAUCUUGUGAUUUAAUAUUCGAAUUCUGAAAGUAUUGAUCCAAAAAAGGGAACUUAUUUACAUGAAGCUUUGAGCUCUAUGAUCACUCGUGAUGUUCUGGUUGUGUGCUUGAGGAGUUUGAGUAAAUAGUCAGAAAUGAGAUUAAUUUGGGAUUGAAAAUUUGCAUGUGUUUAUAAAGUAUAAUUUCUUUAAAAGU